AUGACGGAUCAAGCUCCUGCUACCCAAGGAGGCACCUCGACAGCCGCUACGUCAUCCAGCACGCGGCCAAAUCUAUCAACGCCUUCCGGCAAGGGGGGAGUACGGAGCAAGUAUGCUCCCAAGGCAUGUCAGGAGUGUCGUCGACGCCGUGCGAAGUGCGACGGUACCAAGCCGGCAUGCUCCCGAUGCCUUGGUCGCCAGUUGACAUGUGUCUACACCACUGAAGAUGACGGCCGGGGAACCGCCCCCAAGUCAUACGUGCGACUAUUGCAGGCUCGCAUUGACCUCCUGGAAAAGAUCCUGUGGCUACAUUCCAUCGAUGUCGGCGCUUCUGCGGCCCAGUUGAUGCAGCAGAAUAGUGUGCCGGCUACAGCCACGUCUUUGGCUGCUGGCGGCUCGACUGCCGCCUUUGACCAACUCUGUGAUGCUUUUGAGGGCACUCUUUCUCUUGAUGAGUCGCAAAACUUCCAUCAGGAUGGAGAGGCACGCUACUUUGGUCCUACUAGCGGCCGACUUGAUUUCAAGACGUGCAAUGAGCCAGGUGACUCUCCAAAAGAGUAUUCCUCGCCAAGUGCAGACCUCUACCCCCAAGAUCUAGGUAAUCAGAAUGACAUCGACGAAGAGCUUGAAACUCAUCUUCUCGAGCAAUAUUUCACCUGGGAGCAGCCAUGGUUACAAAUCGUUGACGAGGCUCUUUUUCGUGAAAGCAGAAAUAAUAACGGGCGAUAUUUUACUCCCUUGCUGUUGAACUGCAUGUUGGCCAGCGGCUCCCGCUUCUCUGAUAGAAUCGAAGUUCGUUCUGACUCAAACGAUGCCAAUACGGCUGGACGUCGUUUCCUUGAGACGGCCGAAGUUCUUCUCCAUUUCGAUCUAAAGCGACCGAGCAUCACAACCAUUCAGUCACUAGCCAUCUUGGGCACCGUGUACCACGAUGCAGCAGGCUGGCUACACUCAGGCAUGGCUAACCGACUUGUGUUGGACAUGGGACUUAAUCUCGACCCUAGCUCGUUUGUUGCUUCAGGCCGCAUGAAAACAGAGGAGGCAGAGCUUCGGAGGCAAAUCUACUGGGCUUUAUACUGCGUCGAUAAGCUAGCAGCGGGCUACACAGGACGUGUCUGUUGCAUGCUCGAUUUUCAAGGGUCCGUCAGUAUGCCAACGGUGCCAGUUCACUCGCAGAAGCAGGAUCGCCGGUAUGCAUUGUAUUCUGUGCGACCAGAGCUCCUGGUGAUGCUCCAUACAGGCCUGAUCAAAAUAUGUCAGGUCUGGGAAAAGAUUCUCCUAAACCUCUAUGCUCCGAAAAAGUUAUGUCUUGGUGACCAGCGAAGGGAUUUCUUCGACUCAUGCCUGUUGUGGCUGAAGAGCUGGUUGUAUGGCCUGCCCACAGAACUCAAACCUGUUCAAAGUGGAACGCCUAAUCAGUUCCCUCAAGCGUACACUCUCUGUAUGGUCUAUCACACAGCUGUCAUCCUUCUUGCAAGACCAUACAUCCAAAGUCAAGCACUUGGAAGCUCAACCCCUGAUCCAUUGGCGGAAAAGGCCACGGCUUGCUUCCUCGAGGCCGCACGGAACAUAUCGAUUCUGGGUGACCAAUAUCGCCAAGUCUUUGGCAGUUUUCGGAGAAGUCCCAUCACAGCAACCCAUGCAAAUCUCUCCGCGGCGUUGGCUCUACUCAAUCCUCAAAACCAAUGCAGAGCUCGGCUUAAUCAGUCCGACAAUGGAAACAUCAAAUCCUGUAUCCAAACAUUGAAAGAGCUUUCGACUGCUUGGACACCCCCUGGUAAGUUCCACUGCAACAUUUUGAAGAUGAUACAAGACACAGCAGACCAGCAAGGGAUGUCAACCACUUCUGAUGCCCUGACAGAUCACCACGAUGGCGGUUCAAAUGCCACUUCUGGAGGAAGCCACUUAAUACCACCUGGAAAUGGGAUAUGGUCUGGCCCGUCGAUCGAAGAAGUUGGUUGGCCGUUGUACAUGUCGACAAUAGGGGAUGAGACAAGUAUAGAACAGUUUUCAGCGACGACAGAGUCACUACCAUUUCAGUCAAGAAGCAAUGCGUUGUGGGAACAGUUUGAUCUGGAUUGGUUUGGGUCUUCAUUGCCAUGGGACUGUCCAUCUAGCUGGAAUUAA